GGCGCCGCCACCGCCUCCUCUGCCGCCGGCCGCGCAGAAGGAACUGGUGUACAAUAAGCUACUGCCCUACGGCGACCAGCUGGAGGCCGAGGCGGGCCGCCUCCUCGUCCGGAUCAAGCUCAACCUCAGCCGGGCCGUCCAGCUUCAGGAGCUCUGGCCCGGAGGCCUCUUCUGGACUAGGAAGCUUUCCACGUAUCUCCGGCUCUAUGGAAGAAAGUUUAGCAAAGAAGAUCAUGUCCUUUUUAUCAAGCUCUUGUAUGAGCUAGUAACUAUUCCAAAGUUGGAGAUCAGCAUGAUGCAAGGUUUUGCCCGUCUUUUGAUAAACCUGUUGAAGAAAAAAGAACUUCUUUCAAGGGAUGACUUGGAAUUACCAUGGAGGCCACUUUAUGAAAUGCUGGAGCGGAUAUUGUACUCUAAGACGGAACAUCUUGGAUUAAAUUGGUUUCCAAAUUCUGUAGAAAGCGUUUUGAAAACCCUUGUGAAAAACUGUCGGCCGUAUUUUCCAGAAAACACCACAGCAGAGAUGUUAGAUGAAUGGCGGCCAUUAAUGUGUCCCUUUGACGUUACCAUGCAGAAGGCCAUCACUUAUUUUGAGCUGUUUCUGCCUACUACUCUUCCUCCGGAACUCCACCAUAAAGGUUUUAAGCUCUGGAUUGAGGAGUUUCUAAGCCUCUGGGUUUCAGUUCAGAAUCUUCCGCAAUGGGAGGGGCAUCUUGUCAACCUUUUUGCACGCUUGGCCACUGAUAACAUAGGCUACAUCAACUGGGAUCCCUAUAUUCCAAAGAUAUUUACCAGAAUACUGCGAAGUUUGAAUCUUCCAGUGGGGAGCAACCAGGUGUUGGUUCCACGAUUUCUAACGAAUGCUUACGACAUAGGGCAUGCGGUCAUGUGGAUCACAGCCAUGAUGGGUGGACCAAGCAAGCUUGUACAGAAACAUUUGUCUGGGUUAUUCAAAAGCAUUGCAUCUUUUUAUCACCCUUCAAAUAAUGGCCGCUGGUUGAACAAGCUAAUGAAGCUACUUCAGCGGCUACCCAGUAGCUUUGUGAGAAGAUUGCAUCGUGAGCGUUACCAGAAGAUUACUUGGCUUACUCCUGUGCCUGAUAGCCAUAAACUUACUGAGCAAGACAUAACAGACUUUGUAGAAUGUAUUAUUCAACCUGUGCUGCUGGCAAUGUUCAGCAAAACUGGAAGCCUAGAGGCAGCCCAGGCUCUGCAGAACCUUGCACUAAUGCGUCCUGAGCUGGUCAUCCCACCAGUACUUGAAAAAACAUACCCUGCACUGGAGACAUUAACAGAACCUCAUCAACUCACAGCCACCUUAAGCUGUGUAAUUGGAGUAGCUCGUAGCCUGGUAUCUGGGGGCGAGUCAUUCCCUGAGGGUCCAACGCACAUGUUGCCUCUGUUGAUGAGAGCGUUGCCUGGUGUGGAUCCAAAUGACUUUAGCAAAUGUAUGAUCACAUUCCAGUUUAUUGCAACGUUUUCUACUCUCGUGCCUUUAGUAGAUUGUUCAUCUGUACCACAAGAGAGAAAUAAUCUCACAGAGGUGGAGAGAGAACUGUGCUCUGCUACUGCUGAAUUUGAAGAUUUUGUACUGCAGUUCAUGGACAGAUGUUUUGGGCUCAUUGAAAGCAGCACACUAGAGCAAACAAGAGAAGAGACCGAAACAGAAAAGAUGACUCAUUUAGAGAGUUUAGUGGAAUUAGGCCUAUCUUCUACUUUCAGCACAAUUCUCACACAGUGUUCAAAAGAAAUAUUUAAGGUUGCCUUGGAAAAAGUUUUCAAUUUUGCUGUUUCAAAUAUAUUUGAGACAAGAGUGGCCGGUCGGAUGGUAGCUGACAUGUGCCGAGCUGCUGUGAAAUGCUGUCCCGAGGAGUCCUUGAAGCUCUUUGUACCCCACUGCUGCAAUGUUAUAGCGCAUCUUACUCUCAAUGACGAUGUCUUGCGUGAUGAAGAGUUAGAUAAGGAGCUCCUCUGGAACCUUCAGCUUUUGUCAGAGAUCACCCGUGUGGAUGGGAAGAAGUUGCUGCCAUACAGGGAGCAGCUUUUGAAGGUCCUGCAGCGAACCCUCCAUUUAACCUGUAAGCAGGGUUACAUUCUGUCUUGUAACCUACUGCACCAUCUUCUUCGUUCUACUACACUUAUCUACCCCACAGAAUACUGCAGUGUGCCAGGUGGCUUUGACAAGCCUCUUUCUGAAUACUUUCCUAUCAAGGACUGGGGUAAACCUGGUGACCUACGGAACCUUGACAUCCAGUGGCAUGUUCCUUCAGCCGAAGAGACGGCAUUUUCUUUCAACUUGCUGGAUUCUUUUCUUCAGCCGGAACUUGACAAAUUAGCACACUAUGCAGAUGGAACUCUUGAAAUGUCCAGAGAUGAUGUGCAGCAGAGUCUUACUAUAAUACACAAUUGCCUGAUUGGAUCGGGGAACAUUCUGCCACCUCUGAAAGGAGAAAGAGUAGCUCACCUGGUUCCAAGCCUAGUGUCUUUAGAAGAGAUCAAACUUUAUACUGGUGUUGACUAUGAUUUGUCGAGAGAGAAUUACAGGGAAGCCAUCAGCAGGGUCACAAGGAAGCUCUUGCAUUAUGUACUUGACAACUCAGAGGAUGAUACGAAGUCUCUGUUCCUCAUCAUAAAGAUCAUUGGGGAUCUUUUACAUUUCCAAGGGUCACACAAGCAUGAGUUUGAUUCACGCUGGAAAAGCUUCAACUUGGUGAAGAAAUCAAUGGAGAACAGGCUCCAAAGCAAGAAACUGCAUAUCAGAGCACUGUUAAUUGACAGGGUCAUGUUGCAGCACGAGCUAAGAACGCUCACUGUUGAAGGAUGUGAAUAUAAAAAAGUACACCAGGACUUGAUUAGGGAUCUUUUGCGCUUGUCUACGAGCUCAUAUGGCCAGGUCAGAAACAAAGCUCAGCAGGCAUUCUUCACUGCCCUGGGGACUUACAACUUUUGCUGCAGGGACAUCAUUCCUUUGGUUCUGGAGCUUUUGCGACCGGAUGAACGUGACAUUACCCAGCAGCAGUUCAAAGGUGCCUUGUAUUGCCUUCUUGGAAACCAUAGUGGAGUGUGUUUGGCGAAUCUUCAUGACUGGGAUUGCAUUGUCCAAACCUGGCCUGCAAUAGUCACUUCUGGACUUAGCAAAGCAAUGUCUCUAGAAAAGCCGUCCAUCGUUAGACUGUUUGAUGACCUUGCAGAGAAGAUCCAUCGGCAGUAUGAAACAAUAGGAGUGGACUUUACAGUUCCAGAGAAAUGUGUUGAGGUCGCUGUCCUCAUGCAGAAAUCAGGGGAUCUGCACAAUGGCUGGACCAGCCUUAGUUCGGAGGAGAUUCAGUUGGGAAUUCAGCGGCAGAAAGAAAGGAAUGUUGAGUCCUCUCAAAACUAUGAAAACCUGAUUAACAAGUUGUUAGAUUGUGUGGAUCAAAGAAAUCUUCCUUGGAAGUUUGAGCACAUUGGCAUUGGUUUUCUGUCUCUGCUCUUAAGAGAUGACAGAGUACUACCUGCAAGAGCGGUAAAAUUCUUCGUGGAAUGUCUCAACCAUGAUGCACUAGUGGUUCGAAAGAUGGCAAUCUCUGCUGUAGCUGGCAUCCUCAAGCAAUUGAAGAGGCCUCACAAAAAGGUGUCCAUAUGCCCUUUCCAAAUCAGUGGAGCUCCUCGGCCUCCUGAUAUUCAGGGUGGUGACAGACCUGACAAUCAGUGGCUGCAUUAUGAAAGCGCCAGCUUACCAAAGACCAAGCAAGCUUGGGAGGCCUGCUGUUUUGUGGAGAAAACGCACUGGGGAUACUACACCUGGCCUCAAAAUAUGGAAAUUUAUGCUUCUGCAGAAGAACAACCAAAGCUUGGGAGGAGUAGAAAGGAACUUUCAGAGGUGGAGCAAGUCAUUUAUGAUCACUUUUCUGAUCCAAAAUUUGUUGAGCAAUUAAUCAAGUUCCUUUCUUUAGAAGACAGAAAAGGAAAAGAUAAGUUUAAUCCUCGCAGAUUUUGCCUCUUCAAGGGCUUGUUCAGAAACUUUGAUGAUGCCUUCUUGCCCGUAUUGAAACCCCACUUAGAACGUCUAGCUAUAGAUUCCCAUGAAAGUCCCCAGCGAUGCGUAGCCGAAAUUAUAGCUGGUUUGAUAAGAGGGUCUAAACACUGGACAUUUGAAAAGGUGGAGAACCUCUGGAAAGUUCUAUGUCCACUUCUUAGAACAGCUUUAUCCAACAUUACAGUGGAGACUUACAAUGACUGGGGAACAUGUAUAGCAACAUCAUGUGAGAGCAGGGACCCCCGGAAAUUGCAUUGGUUGUUUGAAUUGUUGUUGGAGUCUCCGUUGAGUGGUGAAGGAGGAUCGUUUGUCGAUGCAUGUCGUCUGUAUGUACUGCAAGGGGGUCUUGCACAGCAAGAAUGGCGAGUACCAGAGCUGUUGCACAGAUUGCUGAAGUACCUGGAACCUAAACUCACCCAAGUUUACAAAAAUGUCAGAGAGAGGAUAGGAAGUGUGUUGACAUACAUCUUCAUGAUAGACAUUUCCUUACCAAAUACUGCUCCAACAAAGUCUCCCCAUGUCCAUGAGUUCACUUCCCGAAUACUUGAAAAGCUGAAACCCCUUCUGGAAGUGGAUGAAGAAAUUCAGAAUCAUGUUAUGGAAGAGAAUGGCGUUGGAGAGGAGGAUGAGCGGACGCAGGGGAUUAAACUCUUGAAAACCAUUCUGAAGUGGCUGAUGGCGAGCACAGGGAGAGCCUUUUCUACAGCUGUUACAGAACAACUCCAGCUCUUGCCUUUGUUUUUCAAGAUUGCACCCGUAGAAAACGAUAAUAGUUAUGAUGAACUGAAGAGAGAUGCUAAAAUGUGCUUAUCAUUAAUGUCUCAGGGAUUGUUGUAUCCCCAACAAGUGCCUUUGGUACUUCAGGUGCUAAAACAAACAGCAGAGAGUAGUUCCUGGCAUGCUAGGUACACAGUGCUAACCUACCUCCAGACCAUGGUAUUUUAUAAUCUUUUUAUCUUCCUGAACAAUGAAGAAGUGGUAAACGACAUCAGAUGGUUGAUUAUAAAGCUGCUAGAGGAUGAACAGCUUGAGGUGAGAGAGAUGGCCGCCACCACAUUGAGCGGCCUGCUCCAGUGCCACUUCCUGGUGAUCGAUGACCCCAUGCAGACUCGCUUUGAGCAGCUUUGCAAGAGGAGGCUCCCAAAGAAGAGGAAGCGAGACCUCAGCACAGUAGUGGAUACCAUUCCCCCUGCAGACUUGGUUAAGCGCCAUGCUGGCGUACUGGGACUUAGUGCGUGCAUUUUGUCCAGUCCUUAUGAUGUACCCACCUGGAUGCCUCAGCUUUUGAUGGAUCUUAGUGCACAUCUGAAUGAUCCUCAGCCUAUCGAGAUGACAGUGAAGAAAACCUUGUCCAACUUCCGGCGGACCCACCAUGAUAACUGGCAGGAGCACAAGCAGCGGUUCACUGAUGACCAGCUGCUCGUCCUUACUGACCUCUUGGUAUCACCGUGCUAUUAUGCAUAAUGAGGUUCUAGGGAAAACGAGGGCUUGCUACCUUUUCAGCAAAAAUAAAGGAAACUCAAAACUAAUUUAUUGUGUAUAAAACCCUUUUGGAUUUGGUAACUCUGAGGCUAUUAAGGCUGGAACACAUUUUCGAAGUGCAUACGUUAAUUCUAUGUGGGGAGGAGUCUGAGGAAUGCUACUCUACUGGUCCGAGGGGCUGUAACAGUGUGAUAAGACUGUGUUUGAAUGGCCAGAUCAUGGUUCCCCCCCCUGCCUUCAUGCAAAUACUUUGCAUUAACACAAAGCCCUACCUUUCCCUUUCCCUUGUGCCAUCACUAAUGCCACAACGUUUCUCUUCCCCACCUUAUGUACUUCAGCUUUUGGUCAUCUAAAACAUAAAUGGACUUUCACAGAUAAGAGCUACAAUGUUGGGUGCCCAAACUUGUCAUGAUUUGUCUCCAAGUGUGUGCACCCACAAAUGGCAGACUACUUGCUUGUAAGAGUAGGCCAGAAAUGUCCUCUGUAUUUUUGUUUCAGAUUUCUGCCCCAGUUUCAUCUCCCAUGCAAUACCAGGCUAUGCAGAACUUUGAGUUGGGUUCCUUUUUAACUCUUACCUUUACUCUCUAUUGUUGUCUAGAUGUGUACAGCAGAGAGAUGUACUUUCUAUGGCCAGGUUUUUCAGUAAAAUCCUUCAUCCCGGCUCUGAACCUUAACUUUUGUCUGUCUUUGUAAGUGGCAGUCUGUGGUGUGUGUGUGUGUGUGUGUGUGUGUUUUUCAGUUCAGUAGAGCCCAUGGAUAAUGAUGGCUCUUAAAUGUUGUUUUAUUUCAGAGAACGAAGAGCAUGUACAUAUGUUAAUAAAGAGUGGCUGACGGCUUUUUAAAUAAAAUGUUCCCUGUUUGCUAGUUCCACAUCUUCCCAUUCACCCCACCUCUUCACGCUGGAACAAAUAUUUAACUUGCAUAAAAGAAUAGAAGUACUGUAUCUCUCCCGGCCCGCCUCCCCCUUCCUUUUCGGUCUGCAUCUCUGGUGGCUAACGGCUGGCUAUUUCACCACAUGUUUAAUAUGUGAUACAUACAUGUAAAAGACUGUAUAAAUUGUAGAGGCACAGCACUGGCAAAAUACUGUACAGUUUGCAAAAAAUAUAUAUUACAUAAUCCAUUUGUGAGAUUAACUUGUAAAGAAUCACACUUUUAGGUGCUAAUAUAGUGCUUUCAGCUUUUGUAUCUGAUUCAAAUGCCAAUUUCUUCUGGGUUUUAAUAUUUCUCGUUCACAUUAAUGAGGUAACUUUAGUUUUGGGCUUGAUUUUCAUUGAUCUUAUUAGUGAGUCUGUUAAUUUUUACUAUGUAAUUUCUGCCUCCCACCUUCUGGGAAUGUAAGCAAUGACAUAUUCUGAUGUGUGGUGAAUUAUAAAGUGCAAGAAUACCUCCCAUGCUGGAAAGAAAAUCUGAGAACUGUGUGUUUUUCAUCUUUCUGCACAUCCUGUACUUUUUUCUUUGUAAAAACAGGAAUCUAACACAUUUUUUCAAUCACCUACCUGCUGGGAAACCAUACCAAGUUUUUAAAGCACAGCAGUGUAACCAGUUACAGUAUCUCCUGAGAAUCAACACACAGAAAUAACUAAUGUAUAGCGUAGUGCCAAAAUGCCUCCUCCUCCCCUCCUCCUUUCAGUUGUGUACUUAGUUUCAAGCCGAAUAAAUGAAUUGUUUGUAAGA